AAAUGUUCCAUGUGAUCUAGCCAAAACUAGUUAAACAAACCCUUCAGCCUUCACUUCUCCUUCUUUCCUUUCUUCUGAGAUUCAGAUUAUGAAAAUUUGUAUUUAAUACUUAUGGGCCUGUCAGGUACCUGGGAAGUUAUCUCCAUAACCAGAAUUUUUUUCUUCCUUCAAAAAAAUUGAAAGCAAGAGGAGGAGACAGUUCGAAAGCACCUACCUUGUUCUGCCCAUUUCUUCUUAGUACAAACCAAAAGAGAAAUUAACACCCAUCUGAGUCUCCCUAAAACCUUUAGAUCUCUAAACCCAUUUGCAGUUUCUUCAUAGUUUCAUCUACAAAGAGAGAGAUAUGGUUUCUUGUUUUAGUGAAAAUGCAAUAAAUGUGUCUCAUUCUUCAUGUUCUAGCUAUCCAAGCAAUGCUUGUAUUUCCCCCUCCCUAAUCCCUUCAGUUCAGAAUGCAGUCACCAGUAUUUAUAGAGUCAUUCUCUGUUCCUCCCAAAAGCAAGUGUUGAUCAGAGUCACUUGGUGCCGGAACCAAGCCGGCCAAGGCCUCAGCAUGCAAUUUGGAGAUGACCCUUCAUCCUGUUUCAAGCUCAACACAAACUCCGGGCUGUUCAGGAAGAAGAAAGGGAGCAAAUUGAUUGAAUCUGAUAAUAUGAAGAUUGAAGUCUUUUGGGAUCUCUGUAAUGCCAAAUAUGAUACAGGACCUGAACCUGUUGGUGGGUUCUAUGUCCUGGUCAUGGUUGAUUCAGAGAUAGGUCUUAUUCUAGGGGAUAACAUGGCGGAGGAAGCUGUUACCAAGAAGUUCAAGGCCGCUACCCGGGUGGCCAAAGCCUCCUUAAUUUCCCGGCAGGAACACUGUUCCGGUAGUACCCUUUACUCCACCAAGGCUCAAUUCUCUGAUACCGGAAUUUCACAUGACAUAUUGAUCAAAUGCAGCGGCCAAAAUGAUGGCCUAAGGCAUCCAGCUUUAUCUGUCUGUAUAGACAAAAAGAUGGUGAUCCGAGUGAAGAGAUUGCAGUGGAAUUUCAGAGGAAAUCAGACAAUUUUUGUUGAUGGGUUGCUUGUUGAUUUGAUGUGGGAUGUUCAUGACUGGUUCUACAAUCCUGCUUCUGGCUAUGCUGUGUUCAUGUUCCGGACAAGAAGUGGUUUAGACAGCAGGCUUUGGUUGGAGGAAAAGUUGGUCCAGAAAGAACAAGACAGAGUUGAGUUCUCCUUGUUGAUCUAUGCCUGUAAGAGUUCAUGAAAAUACUGACUUGUGUUCUUGUUUUCUCUGAUUUUAAUUUUUUUUUGCCCAUUUUUUCUUCAAUAUUCUUCUUUACUUUUUGACAAUUUGAGAAGUUGAUAACCUAAUUCUUUGACCACCAGAGAAAAGAAAAUAACUUUGAACUGCAGAAUCUGAAUUCAUGUGCUGCUUCAUAUUUUUCUUUCUUCUUUCUUGUCUGUAAUUUUCUUUUGUUAACCAGAAAGCUUGAUUUGAUUCCACCAAGCAUUAAACCAGUUGGAACAUGUAAUUUUCAUAUGCAUAGACAGAGGUCAAGCUCAAUUUAAAUUCAUCCCAAUCAAGUCUGAAUCUGGACAAAGGUUUGAUAGAUUGAUUGAUACCUUUUGUCCCAAGGGGCUUGUCCCUUCUGUUGUAGGAGACUAGGAUCCCCUCCCCACAUUUCCAAAACCUCAAUUAGUAGAGCCCUGGAUUGGUCCUCCUAGUCCAUCAAAUUAAAUGUUUGGUCCACUAGCUAUAAAAACAAUACCUUGCAAAGGACACUUAAUUCAGUAAACAGAGAAUUUUCUUUUAAGUAAUUCUUAGUUCAUGCCCUUCCAGGCUUCCAAGCAUCACAUGGUAUGAAGCUAUGAAACAUAACAGUACCUUUGCUGAAGAGUUGACAUUUAUUCCUUGGCUCCCACUCAUGCCCUUGACCUUGGGAAAUGUAACUAAGGACAAUGAAUAAGUUCCCAGAUGGCAUUGCACAUAAAAGGAGUUUGGGUGUCUUGCAAAAUGUGUGAUGAUUGGAGUACAGGUUGAUUAUGGUGUGUUUGGCUCAGCAGUCACCUUCCUUUUGUUGGUUCCAUUAAAUUUCAUUUCUACUCAUUUUUAUGGGUUUUGGUUUUAAAUCCCACUUGAGUCUUUAGCUUGAGAAGAUCAUGCCUCCAAUAUGAACAAACAUCAGUGCUUCCU